AUGAAUCGUGAAGCGAGGAAAUCGGGGCAGCUGAUGAAUGCGCUAGUCCAUGGACGCCUGAAAGAUGUUACACGAAUGCUGGCAGCAGGAGCAAGCCUGCGCGCAUCACGAGAAGAAAAUAUCCACCCCAUGGCGGUCGCUGCUGCUCACGGUCACGUCCACAUCAUCAAGGCCCUUGUCAGAAGCGGGGCAGAGAUAGAAGCUACAUGCACUUCUCGGGUCAAGAGUGAUGGAUACUGCUGCGAAACGAAUCCGAACUGGCCCUACUUGAACGGUUUCACGGCCUUGCACAUCGCGGCAAUCCUUGGCAAAGUGCGGGCCAUGCUGGUCUUGCUCCAACUAGGGGCAAACCCAAACUCAUCCGACACCAGGGGGGUUACUCCGGUGAUGAUGGCGUGUCAGGGAGUACGCUGUUGCAGGCCAUCAACGCCAAACCAGGCGGAGAUGUUGAACUCGCUGCUGAAGGCUGGCGCGGAUGUGGAACUCGAAGAUGGGACUGGCCUCCUUGCCAUUCACUUUGCCGCAUCUCACUGUGAGACCCAGGUUGUUGAACUGCUUCUUUCCAAGGCACCAUCGACACUGAAUCAUGCCACUCACAAGGGCUUUACACCACUUGCAGCAGCUGCGGAAUGGUGUCGAGAGAGCACGAUGUCGCUCCUCCUAUCUGCGGGGGCAAGUGAUUUGUCGGCGUGGGCGGAGAAGGGCAUGAACUCUCUUAACGCGGCCGCCAAGCUCGGCAAGGGGAGCUCGGUGCGGUUCUUGCUCAAAAACGGAUUCGAAGCCGUUGGCGGGAAACCAGCUAUCGCUGACGCAAUGCGUACGUCGGUGCAGUACGGGCAUAUUGAUAUGCUUACGAUUCUGUUGAACGUGGAAGGAGACGAGAAACAAGAGGUUUGGGCGAACCAGUUUGUGUACUGUUCACACGAGACGGUAGACGUGGGUCUGGCCCCCGCCCGCGAUUUUCCUAGCACCCACGCUAUCAUGGCGAUCGCGUUCGGCUGUCCACUGCUCCACACCGCUGCCAAGUAUUGCGCCAUCCCUGCCAUUCGUGUUCUUCUCUCGGCUGGUGCACUCGCGGGAAAAGCCGAUUAUCAGGGUAAGGUCGCCGAAGACGCGAUCGGAGUGUAUCAUCACGAGAGGAACGGAAGCGUGGAGGCGGCCGUUCGAGCAUUGCUGCUGAAGGGACCAGCGUUCCGUGCUAGGUCGUGGGCAUGGCCUGCUACAAUGAACGCUGCCCUAGGCCGCCCUUCGAGAAACUUGCACCCGUCGUCUGUGCCGAAGACGCCCAUGGGAUGGCAGACAUUCCAACAGUUGGACGUAAAGCUAUUCAGCAGGUGCUUCACCUGGGUGCGGGCGCACAUGUAG